CCAGGUUUAGACCAAUUCUAUUCAAUUCACUUCUGCAGUUCUUUGAUAAAACAUUUAUUCUCGUUUAACCAAAAAAUUUUAAAAACAAAAUGAAACUUCUCGUGCUUGUGGGAAUAGUCAUUAUGAUGGCCUUGGUCGUAAUGGCUCAACCUGUGGAUGAAACUCAAGCUGGAGCUUCAUUGGGCUUAGUGGAUGUGGCCGAUGCAGGCGUUGAGCAUGCCAAUGAAGCUGCUCGUAAUGUUCGCGGCUUUGGUGGUUAUGGCGGUUAUGGUGGCUUUGGACGAGGUGGCUUCGGACGAGGAGGCUUCGGACGAGGAGGCUAUGGUGGUUAUGGAGGCUUUGGACGAGGAGGCUAUGGCGGAUAUGGAAAAUAGAAUUAUUCCAUGAACCUCGAUUCCAGUUUAAGCGUAAAAUGUAUGCGAAAAAUACGAAAUAAAAUCCAGAACGAACAAAAAAAUUAAAUCAAGUUACUUU